AUGCAGAAAAGGCAGUCAAAAGAUCUCGAAGACAUCAGGGAGAGAAGCGAACAAGCCCUCAAUGCUUCUCAGAGAAAUGUGGACGAACUGACAAGACAGCAUGAGAAGAUCACAAGUCUUUUGUCUGAAAGAGAAGAAGAACUUCAACAGAAAGACUUGCUUCUUCAAGACCGAACUCAAGCAGUUGAAAGGGCAGAAUUAAAGCUAUCUAACUGUGAGACCCGGUAUAACUCAGUGUCUGAUGAAAACAAAUGUUUAGCCUUGGACAUUGAGACCUUAAGACAAAACCUUGAAGCAUCUGACCAAAAGUUACACGAUGCAGAAAAGGCAGUCAAAGAUCUCGAAGACAUCAGGGAGAGAAGCGAACAAGCCCUCAAUGCUUCUCAGAGAAAUGUGGACGAACUGACAAGACAGCAUGAGAAGAUCACAAGUCUUUUGUCUGAAAGAGAAGAAGAACUUCAACAGAAAGACUUGCUUCUUCAAGACCGAACUCAAGCAGUUGAAAGGGCAGAAUUAAAGCUAUCUAACUGUGAGACCCGGUAUAACUCAGUGUCUGAUGAAAACAAAUGUUUAGCCUUGGACAUUGAGACCUUAAGGCAAAACCUUGAAGCAUCUGACCAAAAGUUACACGAUGCAGAAAAGGCAGUCAAAGAACUGGAAGACAACAGGGAGAGGAGCGAACAAGCCCUCAACGCUUCUCAGAGAAAUGUGGACGAACUGACAAGACAGCAUGAGAAGAUCAGAAGUCUUUUGUCUGAAAGAGAAGAAGAACUUCAACAGAAAGACGUGCUUCUUCAAGACCGAACUCAAGCAGUUGAAAGGGCAGAAUUAAGGCUAUCUAACUGUGAGACCCGGUAUAACUCAGUGUCUGAUGAAAACAAAUGUUUAGCCUUGGACACUGAGACCUUAAGACAAAACCUUGAAGCAUCUGACCAAAAGUUACAUGAUGCAGAAAAGGCAAUUGAAGAACUCGAAGACAUCAGGGAAAGGAGCGAACAAGCCCUCAAUGCUUCUCAGAGAAAUGUGGACGAACUGACAAGACAGCAUGAGAAGAUCACAAGUCUUUUGUCUGAAAGAGAAGAAGAACUUCAACAGAAAGACUUGCUUCUUCAAGACCGAACUCAAGCAGUUGAAAGGGCAGAAUUAAAGCUAUCUAACUGUGAGACCCGGUAUAACUCAGUGUCUGAUGAAAACAAAUGUUUAGCCUUGGACAUUGAGACCUUAAGGCAAAACCUUGAAGCAUCUGACCAAAAGUUACACGAUGCAGAAAAGGCAGUCAAAGAACUGGAAGACAUCAGGGAGAGGAGCGAACAAGCCCUCAAUGCUUCUCAGAGAAAUGUGGACGAACUGACAAGACAGCAUGAGAAGAUCACAAGUCUUUUGUCUGAAAGAGAAGAAGAACUUCAACAGAAAGACAUGCUUCUUCAAGACCGAACUCAAGCAGUUGAAAGGGCAGAAUUAAAGCUAUCUAACUGUGAGUUCCGGUAUAACUCAGUGUCUGAUGAAAACAAAUGUUUAGCCUUAGACAUUGAGACAUUCAAACAAAACCUUGAAGCAGCCAACAAAAAGUUACACGAUGCAGAAAAGGCAGUCAAAGAACUCGAAGACAUCAGGGACAUAAGUGAACAAGACCUUAGCACUUCUCAGAGAAAUGUGGACGAACUGACAAGACAGCAUGAGAAGAUCAGAAGUCUUUUGUCUGAAAGAGAAGAAGAACUUCAACAGAAAGACUUGCUUCUUCAAGACCGAACUCAAGCAGUUGAAAGGGCAGAAUUAAAGCUAUCUAACUGUGAGACCCGGUAUAACUCAGUGUCUGAUGAAAACAAAUGUUUAGCCUUGGACAUUGAGACCUUAAGGCAAAACCUUGAAGCAUCUGACCAAAAGUUACACGAUGCAGAAAAGGCAGUCAAAGAACUGGAAGACAUCAGGGAGAGGAGCGAACAAGCCCUCAAUGCUUCUCAGAGAAAUGUGGACGAACUGACAAGACAGCAUGAGAAGAUCACAAGUCUUUUGUCUGAAAGAGAAGAAGAACUUCAACAGAAAGACUUGCUUCUUCAAGACCGAACUCAAGCAGUUGAAAGGGCAGAAUUAAAGCUAUCUAACUGUGAGUUCCGAAAAGGCAGUCAAAGAACUGGAAGACAACAGGGAGAGGAACAAGCCCUCAACGCUUCUCAGAGAAAUGUGGACGAACUGACAAGACAGCAUGAGAAGAUCACAAGUCUUUUGUCUGAAAGAGAAGAAGAACUUCAACAGAAAGACUUGCUUCUUCAAGACCGAACUCAAGCAGUUGAAAGGGCAGAAUUAAAGCUAUCUAACUGUGAGACCCGGUAUAACUCAGUGUCUGAUGAAAACAAAUGUUUAGCCUUGGACAUUGAGACCUUAAGGCAAAACCUUGAGGCAUCUGACCAAAAGUUACACGAUGCAGAAAAGGCAGUCAAAGAACUGGAAGACAACAGGGAGAGGAGCGAACAAGCCCUCAACGCUUCUCAGAGAAAUGUGGACGAACUGACAAGACAGCAUGAGAAGAUCACAAGUCUUUUGUCUGAAAGAGAAGAAGAACUUCAACAGAAAGACUUGCUUCUUCAAGACCGAACUCAAGCAGUUGAAAGGGCAGAAUUAAAGCUAUCUAACUGUGAGACCCGGUAUAACUCAGUGUCUGAUGAAAACAAAUGUUUAGCCUUGGACAUUGAGACCUUAAGGCAAAACCUUGAAGCAUCUGACCAAAAGUUACAUGAUGCAGAAAAGUCAAUUGAAGAACUCGAAGACAUCAGGGAGAGGAGCGAACAAGCCCUCAACGCUUCUCAGAGAAAGGUGGACGAACUGACAAGACAGCAUGAGAAGAUCACAAGUCUUUUGUCUGAAAGAGAAGAAGAACUUCAACAGAAAGACAUGCUUCUUCAAGACCGAACUCAAGCAGUUGAAAGGGCAGAAUUAAAGCUAUCUAACUGUGAGACCCGGUAUAACUCAGUGUCUGAUGAAAACAAAUGUUUAGCCUUAGACUUUGAGACGUUCAAACAAAACCUUGAAGCAGCCAACAAAAAGUUAGAGGAUGCAGAAAAGGCAGUCAAAGAACUCGAAGACAUCAGGGACAUAAGUGAACAAGACCUUAGCACUUCUCAGAGAAAUGUGGACGAACUGACAAGACAGCAUGAGAAGAUCAGAAGUCUUUUGUCUGAAAGAGAAGAAGAACUUCAACAGAAAGACAUGCUUCUUCAAGACCGAACUCAAGCAGUUGAAAGGGCAGAAUUAAAGCUAUCUAACUGUGAGACCCGGUAUAACUCAGUGUCUGAUGAAAACAAAUGUUUAGCCUUGGACAUUGAGACCUUAAGGCAAAACCUUGAAGCAUCUGACCAAAAGUUACACGAUGCAGAAAAGGCAGUCAAAGAACUGGAAGACAACAGGGAGAGGAGCGAACAAGCCCUCAACGCUUCUCAGAGAAAUGUGGACGAACUGACAAGACAGCAUGAGAAGAUCACAAGUCUUUUGUCUGAAAGAGAAGAAGAACUUCAACAGAAAGACUUGCUUCUUCAAGACCGAACUCAAGCAGUUGAAAGGGCAGAAUUAAAGCUAUCUAACUGUGAGACCCGGUAUAACUCAGUGUCUGAUGAAAACAAAUGUUUAGCCUUGGACAUUGAGACCUUAAGGCAAAACCUUGAGGCAUCUGACCAAAAGUUACACGAUGCAGAAAAGGCAGUCAAAGAACUGGAAGACAACAGGGAGAGGAGCGAACAAGCCCUCAACGCUUCUCAGAGAAAUGUGGACGAACUGACAAGACAGCAUGAGAAGAUCACAAGUCUUUUGUCUGAAAGAGAAGAAGAACUUCAACAGAAAGACUUGCUUCUUCAAGACCGAACUCAAGCAGUUGAAAGGGCAGAAUUAAAGCUAUCUAACUGUGAGACCCGGUAUAACUCAGUGUCUGAUGAAAACAAAUGUUUAGCCUUAGACAUUGAGACGUUCAAACAAAACCUUGAAGCAGCCAACAAAAAGUUAGAGGAUGCAGAAAAGGCAGUCAAAGAACUCGAAGACAUCAGGGACAUGAGUGAACAAGACCUUAGCGCUUCUCAGAGAAAUGUGGACGAACUGACAAGACAGCAUGAGAAGAUCAGAAGUCUUUUGUCUGAAAGAGAAGAAGAACUUCAACAGAAAGACUUGCUUCUUCAAGACCGAACUCAAGCAGUUGAAAGGGCAGAAUUAAAGCUAUCUAACUGUGAGACCCGGUAUAACUCAGUGUCUGAUGAAAACAAAUGUUUAGCCUUGGACAUUGAGACCUUAAGGCAAAACCUUGAAGCAUCUGACCAAAAGUUACACGAUGCAGAAAAGGCAGUCAAAGAACUGGAAGACAACAGGGAGAGGAGCGAACAAGCCCUCAAUGCUUCUCAGAGAAAUGUGGACGAACUGACAAGACAGCAUGAGAAGAUCACAAGUCUUUUGUCUGAAAGAGAAGAAGAACUUCAACAGAAAGACAUGCUUCUUCAAGACCGAACUCAAGCAGUUGAAAGGGCAGAAUUAAAGCUAUCUAACUGUGAGACCCGGUAUAACUCAGUGUCUGAUGAAAACAAAUGUUUAGCCUUGGACAUUGAGACCUUAAGGCAAAAUCUUGAAGCAUCUGACCAAAAGUUACAUGAUGCAGAAAAGUCAAUUGAAGAACUCGAAGACAUCAGGGAGAGGAGCGAACAAGCCCUCAACGCUUCUCAGAGAAAGGUGGACGAACUGACAAGACAGCAUGAGAAGAUCACAAGUCUUUUGUCUGAAAGAGAAGAAGAACUUCAACAGAAAGACAUGCUUCUUCAAGAUCGAACUCAAGCAGUUGAAAGGGCAGAAUUAAAGCUAUCUAACUGUGAGACCCGGUAUAACUCAGUGUCUGAUGAAAACAAAUGUUUGGCCUUGGACAUUGAGACCUUAAGGCAAAACCUUGAAGCAUCUGACCAAAAGUUACACGAUGCAGAAAAGGCAGUCAAAGAACUGGAAGACAACAGGGAGAGGAGCGAACAAGCCCUCAACGCUUCUCAGAGAAAUGUGGACGAACUGACAAGACAGCAUGAGAAGAUCACAAGUCUUUUGUCUGAAAGAGAAGAAGAACUUCAACAGAAAGACAUGCUUCUUCAAGACCGAACUCAAGCAGUUGAAAGGGCAGAAUUAAGGCUAUCUAACUGUGAGACCCGGUAUAACUCAGUGUCUGAUGAAAACAAAUGUUUAGCCUUGGACAUUGAGACCUUAAGGCAAAACCUUGAGGCAUCUGACCAAAAGUUACACGAUGCAGAAAAGGCAGUCAAGGAUCUCGAAGACAUCAGGGAAAGGAGCGAACAAGCCCUCAACGCUUCUCAGAGAAAUGUGGACGAACUGACAAGACAGCAUGAGAUGAUCAGAAGUCUUUUGUCUGAAAGAGAAGAAGAACUUCAACAGAAAGACAUGCUUCUUCAAGACCGAACUCAAGCAGUUGAAAGGGCAGAAUUAAAGCUAUCUAACUGUGAGACCCGGUAUAACUCAGUGUCUGAUGAAAACAAAUGUUUAGCCUUGGACAUUGAGACCUUAAGGCAAAAUCUUGAAGCAUCUGACCAAAAGUUACAUGAUGCAGAAAAGUCAAUUGAAGAACUCGAAGACAUCAGGGAGAGGAGCGAACAAGCCCUCAACGCUUCUCAGAGAAAGGUGGACGAACUGACAAGACAGCAUGAGAAGAUCACAAGUCUUUUGUCUGAAAGAGAAGAAGAACUUCAACAGAAAGACAUGCUUCUUCAAGAUCGAACUCAAGCAGUUGAAAGGGCAGAAUUAAGGCUAUCUAACUGUGAGACCCGGUAUAACUCAGUGUCUGAUGAAAACAAAUGUUUAGCCUUGGACAUUGAGACCUUAAGGCAAAACCUUGAAGCAUCUGACCAAAAGUUACACGAUGCAGAAAAGGCAGUCAAGGAUCUCGAAGACAUCAGGGAAAGGAGCGAACAAGCCCUCAACGCUUCUCAGAGAAAUGUGGACGAACUGACAAGACAGCAUGAGAUGAUCAGAAGUCUUUUGUCUGAAAAAGAAGAAGAACUUCAACAGAAAGACAUGCUUCUUCAAGACCGUACUCAAGCAGUUGAAAGGGCAGAAUUGAGGCUAUCUAACUGUGAGACCCGGUAUAACUCAGUGUCUGAUGAAAACAAAUGUUUAGCAUUGGACAUUGAGACGUUCAAACAAAACCUUGAAGCAUCCAACAAAAAGUUAGAGGAUGCAGAAAAGGUAAUAGAUGCCUCAAAGAUCGAAAGUCAAAACUUCCGUGUAGAAAUCACUGAUUUGCGACAAAAAAAUGAAAGCUUGUGCUGCAUCAAAGACAAUUUGGAGAUAGAAAUUGAGAAUUUUACACAUUGUAAACAAACUCUCCAAAAAGAAGUCCAGAAGUUCAAAGAUCUGCUCAAGUUGGAGAAAUCCCUGCAUGCACAUGAGCAGAUCAAAUCAUGCCUAAGAGAAGAUGCUCUUCGUGAUCAAUUACAGAUCCUCCAAACUCAGCUAGAUUUAAGGAUCAGAUCAGAGUGUCCUGACGAUUGCCCUCAUGUGAUGGCCUUUAAGCUCAAAUCAACAGGAGAUGAGCUUAAUGCCAGCCAGAUGGCAGAGCAACGCAAGAGUCAAGGUUUUUUCGAUUUCUGCUCUGGCUGGUUCUGA